AUGCGUUCGUUUGUCGUAUUUGCGGUGGUGUCGCUAGCACUGGUGGCAACCGGCACCCAGUGCCAGCCACGAUCAGCAGCCGAACUUGCCACGGACAUCUACCGUACCUGUCUCGCUAGUGAGCAUGGGCUCAAGUGUGCUAAAGCGAAGGCUCUCGCCUGGAUGGCAAAGGUGGCCGAACAGGACGAGAUCUCCAUCACCGAGUCGCUCACGAUCGUGCGCACCGGUACGGAGGAACCCGAACAGCCUGCCGAUACCGAGCAGCAACGUAGUGCUGGUGUGGUGCGAUUGCUGAACAUUAUCGAUAGCUUCCUUUCUACCCACGCUCUCAAGAUGACACCACCUGCCGUGCUGGAGUCUGAGGAGGCCCGUGCCUACAUUCCCGACGCGUUACUCCAGGGAGGACUCGCCGACAAUUUGAUCGUACCGCUCACGGAAGGCAAUGUGGCGGAAGGACGUGGUUUUGUGAAGAAAGUCAUGAUUCCCUUCCUGCUGGGUAUUAAGUUUAAGUCGACCGUGCUCGUUCCGUUGGCGCUCGCGCUCAUCGCACUCAAGACCUGGAAGGCGAUGACCCUUGGGCUGCUCUCGCUGGUCCUGUCCGGUGCCAUGAUGAUCUUCAAGUUCGCCAAGCCAAAGAUCGUCAACUACGAGGUCGUCCAUUAUCCACCACCGCACCAUGUGCAUCACGUCGAUCAUCACAUCGAUCAUCAUGCACCGCAUGUGCACUGGGACGCUCCGCCAGCCUGGAAGAAGCGUUCCAUGGACGCCCACGAGCAGGCCUAUGCCGGUCAGCUGUAG